CUAGCAAAAUCAUUCUGGUGGCAAACUUAACAUAGCAUGGCCGUCGUUUGGAAGUAUUCACAGUUUUACUUCCACAAAGAAUACGCGAUAGACAUUGCUCAGAGCCAACUGAGAGAGACAUUAUUAAACAAAUAUUUAACGCGAGUGAGAUAAACAGUACGUUGAAGUGUUCAAUCCGCGGAGUUAACCUCAAAUAUUUGCGACAUUCUUUCUUAGUUUUUAAAAUUUACAGUUUUUAAAUUUAUCAAAAUGUGGUUAAUUAGCCAGCCGAAUUCUGUGAUCUUGGAAGUGAAGGUGGAACCUAAUGCCAUUGGACAGGACUGCCUGGAAAAGGUGUGUGAGAAGUUGGAGAUAGGUGCGGAGGCGGACUACUUCGGUCUUCGCGUGUGUCCCGGAUCCGGGCCGGGGCGGUGGCUGAACCUGCGCAACCCGCUCGACCCGCACCGCAUCCCGGGCGGCCGCCUCGACCUGCGCGUCAAGUUCUGGGUGCCCCCCCAUCUGCUCAUCAACGAGCCCACGAGACACCAGUUCUACCUGCAAGCCAAGCUCGACCUCACUGAAGGAAGGCUAGUUGUAGCCGACCAGGAAGUGGCGAGAAGACUCAUAGCGUACAUAGCGCAGGCUGAAACAGGAGACUGUGAUGUCGACGUCCCACCGAUGAACGUUUACGAGGAAUGCGACAAAAUCGGACCCCAAGGCGAGAAGCCCGACGACCAUAUCGAGUCUAUAAUCGAAAUCCACUGCGAAUUAGCCGGCAUGAGAGCUUCUCAAGCGGAAUACAGGCUUUUAAAAGAGAUAUCGAAACUGGAGUCGUUUGGCGAGGAAGUGUUUUUCUGCAAGCCAGUGACGCAGUUAAACAACGCUCACAACCUAUACAGCCACUUAAUAAACCACACGGUGGUGGUAGAGGAGACCAGGGCGCGCGACGACGCGGAGAUCGACGGCGGCAGCACGGUGGGGUGCCUGGCGGGGGGGCAGGGCGGCGGCGGCUGCGGCUGCAGACUCAGCACCUGUGUGGGCGUGGGGCCGCACGGGCUGGUCGUCUACCGACCCUCGUGCAAUGGCGCCGAGCUCGAUAUUGGAGAGGAAAAACAAAGCAUCCCCUACACGGCGAUCCACCGAGCGCAGCCGGUGCGGCGCCUGUUCCAGCUGUCAUACGUCAGCAACGAGGGUCACGAGGCGACGCUUCACGUCAAGAUGGCGACCAGCGGUCAAGCGGCCGCGUUGUACCGCGCGGUGACUGAGAAACACGCCUUCUACUGCUGCGAGACUGUGCGGACAGAUGUCACGGAGCAGUUCAUCAGAGAUCUCAAGGGCACAAUAGCGUCCCUCUUCAACGAGUCGACCCGGCUCGGGCGGCGCUACGUGUUCGACAUCCGGCGCACGUGCCGCGAAGUGCACGACCGCGCCCGCCGCGCCGCGCACGCACGGCAGGCCGCUGCUCACGAGCCACGGCCGAGGCGGAGGAGUACUGGGAGUGAGACUAAGGAGCCCCGGUCCCGCUCAGCCAGCGCCGGCGGGGAGCGCGCGCUGGCGUGCCGCGUGUGCAUGGACGCCGCCAUCGACACCCUGUUCCUGCCGUGUCGGCAUGUCGUGUGCUGUGAGGAUUGCGCCCCGAGAUGCGAGCGCUGCCCGCUUUGCCGCAGCGAGAUUGAGAAGCUCAUGCACAUCUUCCUGCCAGUCGAGUAUCAGAAGAAUCACGGCCUCAUCAUAAAAUGAGGCGCUAACGAUGUCGACUCGAUUGAAAAAUCUACUCACUCGAUUUGGAUUCAAUUUUGACCGCGGCGCUGCGCCCGGCGUUUUCAAGACUGACUAACUACUGGUUGCCAUGAAAUGGAACGUGACGUGUCGUAAAACCACAGACAAAACUCCCAAGUUUUUUUAUGGUGAUUGGUGUUGCAAGGCUGAAGAAAAGAAACGAUUUUGUUGUCGAAAUGGUGCAUCUUUUGGGUGACGUGGCAAAGUGCCUUUGUGAGACAAUAAUGAAACAAAACUUUAAUGUGUGUGUGUGAUUGUCUAGUCAGAUUAUGUUGACUUUACUUUGGGGCAGAUUUUUUAAGCAAGAUAUAAUUUGUCAAUUACUUUAGACCCAAUUUACUGCCCCUAUAUGUAUGUAAAUGUCGAAAUCGUGCAUUUCUGAAAAUAUUGUUUACAUUAAUAGUCUUUCAGUAUCUUUUGGGAUUGUUUGAUGUUUAAAUAAUAACUUUAGUUAAUAACUAUGAUGGCAUUCCGAGUUAAAAGGAAUGCACUACAUCUUCAUAUUUUCUCUUGUACUUAUCUUCUUAGAUUUCUUUAAGUUUGCGUCUAAGUUUUAUUUUUAAAAUUGAAACUUUAAAAGAGUAAAAAAGAAGUAGGUAAAAACCAAUUCUAUGUAAUAUUUCUGUUCCGUCCUUCGUUUUAGAAGGUCCUUCAAUAAUUUCUACUAUUCUAGCUUAAGAUUGAUACUUUUUGUGAUAAAGCUAAAUCAUAAUAACAUUUCAAUAAGUAAGAAAUCACUACUGCCUUUGUAAUUAGAAAACAACUUGCAUUUGUAUACUUACUACUACUACUAUUGUUAAAACAUUGCCUUUUAAUAUUAAUCAUAAUUGUAACUUGUAAAACAUUAUAGGCAACUAGGAUCUGGCUAUUGAAAGAUGGUGGUUAGAAAUAUAGAAAAUAAAAUUACAAACUAGUUAGGCACUCUACCGUCAAAAUAUUAAAAAUCAGAUAGAAUGUAGCCAACUCUAUAAGUUUCGAUAAACACUAAUAUCUCCAUACACUCAAUUUGUAGCCCGGUCUACGUAAAGGACUAAAGUUAAUUGUUUUAUCUAUAUUUUAAUAGUAAGACCUGUGGUCUAUAAGUUAUUAAUAAGUAUACUUUCAUAAUAACUAAAACAAAAAAUAUUUGAAAAAUGGAAAAGUACCUACCGUAAAUAAAAAAUAUUUUAAU